UUUUCAACCCAAUGGACAAGCUCCUAUCUCCUGCACAGACAAGCCAUCAAAACCUUUAAUUUGUUCUGAUGUCCGGGAUGUUGCACAAUUUCCACCACCACGGCGGUUGAGAACAGACGAAAUUCCUCAAAUUGUUAACGAUUUUCGGCUUGCUGCUAGAAAUGCUAUUGAAACUGGUUUUGAUGGGGUUGAGAUCCAUGGAGCUCAUGGCUAUCUAAUCGACCAGUUUAUGAAAGACCAAGUCAAUGAUCAAACUGACCAAUAUGGAGGGUCUUUAGAGAACCGUUGUAGAUUUGCACUUGAAAUAGUUGAAGCAGUUGUAAAUGAGAUAGGAGCUGACAGAGUCGGAAUAAGGCUUUCCCCAUUUGCUGAUUACAUGGAUUCAGGAAACUCAAAUCCAAGUGCUUUGGGACUUUACAUGGCUGAAUCCUUGAAUAAGUAUGGCAUUGCAUAUUGCCACAUGGUUGAGCCAAGAAUGAAAACACUUGGGGAAAAAGUUGAAUGUCCUGAAAGCCUUAUACCCAUGAGGAAGGCAUUUAAAGGUACUUUUAUUGUAGCUGGUGGUUACGAUAGAGGAGAUGGAAACAAAGCUGUGCUUGAAGACUGAGCUGAUCUUGUUGCAUAUGGACGUAUGUUUAUAGCUAAUCCGGAUUUACCAAGGAGAUUUGAGCUUGAUGCACCUCUCAACAAGUAUAACAGGGAAACAUUCUAUACUUCUGAUCCUGUUGUUGGCUAUACUGACUAUCCAUUUCUAGAAACCACAAUAUGACACCGAGGAAGCACUAGAUAUGAUACUCUUUUUCUGGAUGUAGGGGGUUUGUAAGAUGAGAUUAACUAAUAUCCACGUUGAACUUAUAUAUCAUUUGAGUAAUUUCUUCGUUGUAAUAAAGGCAGUGAAGUAUUAAAAGUUGGAUUAA